AUCCAAAAAAAGCCACAGAGAUUUUUAAAAAAAAAAUCUGAAAAGAAGAGGAGUAACCCCGUCCUCACACUCACUCUCUAAUCCUAUGUGGGUGGCUACGGUGCUUCCUAACCUAUGUGGGUGGCUACGGUACUUCCUAAACCGGUUCCUCCGGUUCUUUCCGUUCUCACUUCUUCAAGAAACCCUAAACAAAGUUCUUUUCAUUUCCGGUUCUCGUAUCGACCUUUAAACCUUAAAGUUUCAGCAACAAAGCAGCAGCAGCAGCUUCCCGAGCCGAAGGCUGAUAAAAAAAACCCAAGUAGUUCUGAUUUAGGAUGGCUCCCUGCUUUUCCUCACGUCUUGAUUGCCUCUAUGUCAAAUUUUCUAUUUGGUUAUCAUAUAGGGGUAAUGAAUGGUCCUAUUGUUUCUGUUGCAAAAGAGUUGGGUUUUGAAGGAAAUUCAACUCUUGAGGGUCUUGUGGUUAGCAUUUUUAUUGCUGGUGCAUUUCUUGGAAGCGUGGCAUCAGGUUCACUAGUUGAUAAACUUGGAUGUCGUCGCACGUUUCAGCUUGACACAAUACCAUUAAUUCUGGGUGCACUUAUAAGUGCGCAAGCGCACUCUUUGGAUGAAAUACUCUGGGGAAGAUUUCUUGUUGGGCUUGGGAUUGGUGUGAACACUGUUCUUGUUCCAAUCUAUAUUUCAGAGGUUGCACCAACAAAAUACAGAGGUUCAUUGGGAACCUUGUGUCAGAUUGGGACAUGUCUUGGAAUCAUUGCAUCAUUGUUCCUUGAUAUUCCUUCUGAAACUGAUCCACACUGGUGGAGGACAGUACUCUACAUUGCAAGUGCUCCUGGAUUUAUUCUUGCACUCGGUAUGCAGUUUGCUGUGGAAAGCCCCCGCUGGCUAUGUAAAGUAGGGAGGCUAGAUGAUGCUAAAACAGUUAUUCGUAAUAUUUGGGGAUCAUCUGAAGUUGAAACGGCAAUCCAAGAUUUCCAAUCAGUCAUCAAGAAUAAUGGCGUUAAUGUGGGUAGUGGAUGGUUGGAACUCCUGGAGGAACCACAUUCUAGAGUUGCAUUUAUCGGAGGUGCCCUUUUUGUACUGCAACAGUUUGCUGGGAUAAAUGGAGUCCUUUAUUUUUCAUCGUUGACUUUUAAAGAUGUCGGUAUAACAAGUAGCAGUUUAGCAAGCUUAUUUGUUGGACUUGCCAACUUUGCAGGUGCACUUUGUGCUGUAUACCUAAUGGAUAAGGAAGGGAGACAAAAGCUCCUGAUUGGCAGUUACUUGGGAAUGGCAGUUUCAAUGUUUCUUAUUGCUUGUGCUAUCGGUUUUCCAGUAGAUGAAGAACUCAGUCACAAUUUGUCAAUACUAGGAACUCUGAUGUACAUUUUCACAUUUGCCAUCGGAGCUGGCCCUGUAACUGGUCUCAUCAUACCAGAACUGAGCAGCGCCAAGAUGCGAGGGAAGAUUAUGGGGUUCAGUUUUUCUGUUCAUUGGGUUUGCAAUUUCCUGGUGGGUCUAUUAUUUCUCGACUUGGUGGAGAUUUUUGGAGUUGCUCCUGUUUAUACCGGCUUUGGCAGUGUGUCCUUGUUAGCAGCAAUAUAUGCCAAGUAUUUCUUAGUUGAAACUAAAGGACGCUCUCUUGAAGAGAUUGAAAUGUCUCUGAACCCCGAUUUCUCUGUCAGAGACAAGGGACCUUAAAUUGAUUUCAAAGCUAAGACAGACGGCAAAAGAUGGGAUUGUAAUGCUGGGACAAUUGCACAUAUGUUUCUUUGGAAGGUUGUGAUUGGUGAUCCUUGAUGCUAAUGUAGUGAAGUUGUGUUCGAGUAAACUCUUAUUUCUGUGUACGCAACAGUUUUACAUACCACAAGUGACCGGAAGAAAAAUCAUCUGGUUUUCUUCUCACAUUUUGCCAAUUUUGUGCAGGGAGCUCUUUCAUGUAACAUCAAUCAAAUUUCAUUUGGUGCCAA